AAGCCGGCACUGUUUAUUGGGCCAGUGUCUCAAGUAUCAUAACGCCAUUCAUUUAUUAUUCAUAAACGACAGUGAUAAAGCGUUUUCAAAACUUUUUUUCGUUUUCCUGCGUUGGUCGUUAUUAAUGUAGGAGACCGGGCUCGUGAAGGAAAUAUUAGGAGGACGCCGGCUUAUGCUCGUUCAGGGUUGGUGCGUCGCUGCGGGGGCUUGUGGCAGUCACCAUGUCGGAGGGAAAGACGCUGACAGCGGAAGCAAUUUUCUCUCAGCUGCAUCAAGAGUCCGCUUUUUACGACACAGGUUCAUCUGGGGCUGAUGAUAUUUUUGAAGACGACUGCUACUCUCCUUCCUCUCUCUCCUCUUCUUCCUUUUCCUCUGUCCCUCCAGCUACCUCCCAGGAUGUGAAGAUCCUGUGCACCUCCUGUGGCCUGGAAAUUGUGGAUAGAUACCUUCUCAAGGUGAGCGACUUGUGCUGGCACGUCCGCUGUCUAGCUUGCAGUGUAUGUAAAGCAUCACUGGGGCGACACGUCAGCUGUUAUGUGAAAGACAAACAGGUUUUCUGCAAACUUGACUACUUCAGGAGGUAUGGCACUCGUUGUGCACGUUGUGGCCGUAACAUCCAUUCUACAGAUUGGGUGCGCCGUGCAAAAGGAAGCACAUUCCACUUAGCAUGUUUCUCCUGCUCCUCUUGCAAGCGGCAGCUCUCUACUGGAGAGGAAUGUGGACUGCUUGAGAACAGGGUCUUCUGUCGAGCUCACUAUGACAUGAUGAUGGAGAAUCUCAAACGUGCUAAGGAGAAUGAGCAACCAAAAUCAGAUGAUGACCCAGCCAGUCAAGAUGAUUCGAGCGUUAUUGCCCGCCCAGCAAAGAGGGCCAGGACCAGCUUCACUGCAGACCAGUUACAGGUGAUGCAAACCCAGUUUGCUAAAGAUAAUAACCCAGAUGCCCAGACUCUGGAGAAGCUGGCAGAGAGGACUGGUCUCAGCCGCAGAGUAAUUCAGGUUUGGUUUCAGAACUGUCGAGCCCGUCAAAAGAAACACAUCAGCCCAAUUCAAGGCUCUUCAUCCAUGAUGAAUUCUCUUGGUCCUGGUCAGCUUAAUCCAUCUUUGAUGGAAGAUCUACAAUAUACAACCUAUCUGUCUCCUGACCAACCCCUUCUAGCUACUCUGACUUAUAUGGAUGUUCAAACCCCAGACCAAUUUUUGCUUCAGCCGCUCAUCUCAAAUUCACUGACGCAGGUCCCGAUCAGCCACGCCUGAGUUUCAGCACAUCUCCUGAGAAAUGAGCCUAAAAGGCGGAACAGUUAUUGAAGUUAUAAUUUGUCUUUUCAGGCAUGUAAAGGGUGAAUGAUUAACUGUCCUGUCAGAUGAGAAUGCCUACUUGCUUGUAUUACUUGAGAUGUUGGCAGCAGAAAGAACAAACUGGUUAAGUCAAUAGAUUAAUUUAACUUGGGCAUGAAUUCACAUGAAAAGUUGC